GCAGCUGAGGGCAGGCCAGGCCUCCAGAAGAAACAGCUUGACCUUAGAGGUGGGAGCUCUGAGCUGCUCCUAGCCCCAGGCCCCCUGGAUCCGUCUGGGCACCUCCAUCCAGCUGUUAGCAUGAUGUCUUACCUCAAACAACCCCCAUAUGGCAUGAAUGGACUGGGCCUAGCUGGGCCUGCCAUGGACCUCCUACACCCCUCCGUGGGCUAUCCAGCCACCCCGCGGAAGCAGCGGCGGGAGCGCACCACCUUCACGCGCUCACAGCUGGACGUGCUCGAGGCGCUUUUCGCAAAGACUCGCUACCCUGACAUCUUCAUGCGUGAGGAGGUGGCGCUCAAGAUCAACCUGCCCGAGUCCAGAGUCCAGGUCUGGUUCAAGAACCGCCGCGCCAAGUGCCGCCAGCAGCAGCAGAGCGGGAACGGAACCAAGAGCCGCCCGGUGAAGAAGAAGUCGUCCCCGGUGCGGGAGAGCUCGGGCUCCGAGAGCAGCGGCCAGUUCACGCCGCCCGCCGUGUCCAGCUCGGCGUCCUCGUCCAGCUCGGCGUCCAGCGCCUCGGCCAAUCCCGCGGCCGCCGCGGGCCUGGGCGGGAACCCGGCGGUGGCCGCGGCGUCGUCGCUGAGUACCCCGGCGGCUUCGUCCAUCUGGAGCCCGGCCUCCAUCUCGCCCGGCUCGGCGCCCGCGUCCGUGUCGGUGCCCGAGCCGCUGGCCGCGCCCAGCAACGCCUCGUGCAUGCAGCGCUCGGUGGCCGCCGGCGCGGCCACGGCCGCCGCCUCGUACCCCAUGUCCUACGGCCAGGGCGGCAGCUACGGCCAGGGCUACCCCGCGCCCUCCUCGUCCUACUUCGGCGGCGUGGACUGCAGCUCUUACCUAGCGCCCAUGCACUCGCACCACCACCCGCACCAGCUCAGCCCCAUGGCGCCCUCCUCCAUGGCGGGCCACCACCACCACCACCCGCACGCGCACCACCCCUUGAGCCAGUCCUCCGGCCACCACCACCACCACCACCAUCACCACCACCACCAAGGCUACGGAGGCUCGGGGCUCGCCUUCAACUCGGCCGACUGCUUGGAUUACAAGGAGCCUGGCGCGGCCGCGGCCUCCUCGGCCUGGAAACUCAACUUCAACUCGCCCGACUGUCUGGACUAUAAGGACCAAGCGUCAUGGCGGUUCCAGGUCUUGUGA